AUGCCUUCCUUUAUAAUGUUUGUUCUCCUAGCCUUCUUCACCAUCAUGAAAUCUGUCUUUCCACAGAGUCCAGCCACUGAUUGCAUCUUAGAUAUCCAAUUCUCUUCAUCUGAUAACAACUCAAAUUGUAUAGCAGGAAAUUGGGAUGGUUUUCUAGAAAACAACUGUUGUGGAUCAGCUUUUGGUGGUUAUUUACAUGCAUUGGGGCGACGGGCCAAUCAAACUGGACUCAUAUUCUUGAAUUCCAAUGAGCAAAAGGACUGCUUAUCUUCAGCGAAAAGCAUCGACAGAAAUGUUUUUAGCUGUGGCAUUGAGAAGCUAACUAGUGGAUCCGGAGGCUGCUCUGACUAUUCUGUUAUGGAUGUUGUUAAUAAGCUAGGAAAUAGAUUGAGAAGUUUAGGUGAAGAUUGCAAACUUUUGGAUAUGAAUACAGGCAAAUUUGAUAAGGGUUGCAAUGCUUGUCAGAGGAGGUGGACAGAGAUGGGGGUAUCAUCAAACGAUACCAACGACUCGAUGAAGGUAGAAGCAGAUGUUUGUAGGUUUGCACUGUUGGUGUCACUGACAAGCCAAAGUAUUAAUGAUGAAAAAUGGGUUCAAGAAAUUUACAAAUGCCUUGGAAAUGAAAGCCUUCCUUCAGAUGAUCAAGGUGGCAAAGGUGGACAUAAAACUAAACUUAGCACAGCAUCCAACGAUUCGCCAUCUGAAGAUUCCAGCUGUCAUUCGAUGUCAAUUAAGGAAGUUUAUUCUGCCACAAAUAAUCUCAGUGCACUGAACUUCAUUGGCCAAGGCAUAGCUGGGAAGGUGUAUAAAGGCAUACUAUCAAACGGACAGCACGUUGCAGUUAAGCAAAUAAUCAACGACGGCCAGAUGGAAACUUUUGUUAGAGAAGUUAGAAGCCUAGCACAUGUCAGACAUCCAAAUCUUGUAGUACUGCUAGGCUAUUACGAGGGAAAAGAAGAAUGUUUUCUUGUUUACGAGCUAUGUGAAAAUGGGAAUCUCUCAGAGUGGCUAUUUGGUAAAGAUAAAAAAACUAUGUCUUGGAUUCAAAGACUUGAGAUUACAAUUGGUUGUGCUAGGGGUCUCGGGUUCCUCCACACAUAUCCUGAAGGCUGCAUCGUUCAUCGGGAUAUUAAGCCAACAAACAUUCUUAUAAGCGAUAAGUUUCAAGGGAAACUGUCAGACUUUGGGUUAUCUAAAGUAAUGAACAUAGACCAGUCAUUUGUGAGCUCAGAAGUGAGAGGAACAUUCGGUUAUGUGGAUCCUGAGUACCAGAAGAAUCGACAUGUUAAUUCUUCAGGCGAUGUUUACAGUUUUGGAAUAGUGCUUCUCCAAAUUCUGUCAGGGCAGAGGGUUAUUAAUCUCGAUAUGAAACGUCCAAUGCCUCUGAAUAAAAUGGCAAGAAACCUCACCAAAGGCGGGAAUGUGACAGAUUUUGCUGAUCCUAAACUUAAUGGGGAGUACUCAGUUGAAGCUUUUGAACUGAUACUCAAGCUAGCUUUGUCAUGCACAGGGCUUAAGCAGCAACGGCCAUCCAUGGAACAAGUUGUUGCAAGACUAGAGACGGCUCUUGACAUUUCGACAAGAAUGAAGUCUAUCACACCUCAUUUCAAACCUAAUGUGUCCCAAUUUGUGGGAUUUCCAGUGCUGAACCAGUUCAAGAUCCUAGUCAUGUCAUAUGGAUGCCAUGUUGUGAUUGUCACUGGGUAUCUCUCCAGAGACUGGGCACCGGAAAUCAUCCAAGAGUUGUUUUCAUCCUCGUCGAGGAAGUUUCUAACAAGCCAAAUGAGAGCUGUGACUGAUCACGAAAUUGGUGGUGUCCAACUAUGA